GAUAUAUCCCGAUAGUAUAAUAUCUGAUACGAAGUCAGCCCUAGUUUUAACUAUUCCUGUAAUUUUAUAUCAUAGCGAUGAAGGAAUACAUUUUUUAUCUCUUAAUUUGAUUUGAUUGGAUCAGUGAAAUUUAAAUUGACCGUUAGAAACCUUAAACCAAGAGUCAAAUUGGAGGUGAAAUAUUUAUACCGUCAAGUGGUAAUUCUGUAAUUAAGAUAACAUUUAAGGGCUUUCUUCUGAUAACAAUUUAUAGAAAUACAUGGAAAUUUUAUGAUUUUCGUCUCCCUUCUAUUGAUAAUCCUCCUUUCCGUCUCUCUCUCUCUACCCUUUCUCUGAAGCCAGAAAACUGCGUAGUAGAUCAUGCCAUGUCGCUAGAUUCUCUUCCUCCCCAUUUUCCCUAACUUUCUCUCGCGUUUGCUUAACGUUUUCUUGGCAUCCAAACAACGCUUUCUCGAAUUUAUCUGCCUAACGACGGCUCGUUUCUGCUUUCCGAUCGGUUUGAUUCUACUCGAGCUGGAGAAGUUGCUUCGCUUGGUUUCUCGAUUCUCAGAUUGAAGUGGAAUUUUCUUGAAUUUCUUCGAGAUCGAAGAUCAUAUUGAUGAGGACUGCAUUCCGUGAAUAGUAACGGAAGUAUGGCGUCGGAUCUUAACCGAACUGGUCCAGUGGAGCGAGACAUCGAGCAGGCCAUCACUGCCUUAAAAAAGGGAGCUUACUUGUUGAAGUAUGGAAGACGGGGAAAGCCUAAGUUCUGUCCAUUUCGCCUUUCUAAUGAUGAAACUGUAUUGAUAUGGUUCUCGGGGAAGGAGGAGAAACAUCUAAAGCUGAGCCAUGUUUCUAGAAUCAUAUCUGGCCAACGCACUCCAAUUUUUCAAAGGUAUCCGCGCCCCGAGAAGGAAUAUCAGUCAUUUUCACUAAUAUAUAAUGAGAGGUCUUUGGAUUUGAUCUGCAAGGAUAAAGAUGAGGCUGAGGUGUGGUUUAGUGGGCUGAAAGCCUUGAUUUCGCGUUGCCAUCAACGAAGAUGGAGAACAGAAUCAAGAAGUGAUGGGACACCAUCUGAAGCUAAUAGCCCGAGAACCUACACGCGACGUAGCUCUCCUUUGCAUUCCCCAUUUAGUAGCAAUGAUGGUUUUCAGAAGGAUGGUUCUAACCACCGUCUUCAUAGUCCAUAUGAGAGCCCGCCUAAGAAUGGCCUUGACAAAGCAUUUUCAGAUAUGGCAUUAUAUGCUCUUCCUCCAAAAGGAUUUUUUCCCUCGGACCCUGCGACUGUUUCAGUUCACUCGUUGUCAUCUGGAGGCUCGGAUAGCAUGCAUGGCCACAUGAAGGGCAUGGGUAUGGAUGCUUUUAGAGUUAGUCUGUCAAGUGCAGUUAGUUCCUCGAGCCAUGGUUCUGGUCAUGAUGAUGGGGAUGCAUUGGGAGAUGUUUUCAUCUGGGGAGAAGGCAUAGGGGAAGGUGUAUUGGGUGGUGGAAACCGUAGAGUUGGCAGUUCCUCUGAUGUCAAAAUGGAUUCCUUAUUACCAAGAUCUUUAGAAUCUACAAUAGUACUUGACGUUCAGAACAUUGCUUGUGGUGGACAGCAUGCCGUCCUUGUGGCAAAGCAAGGAGAAAUUUUCUCUUGGGGAGAGGAAUCUGGGGGCAGGCUUGGCCAUGGCGUUGAUUCUGAUGUUCAACAUCCAAAGCUCAUUGACGCACUUGGUAACUCAAAUAUCGAACUCGUAGCAUGUGGUGAAUACCAUAGUUGCGCAGUUACUCUAUCAGGGGAUUUGUAUACCUGGGGUAAAGGGGAUUUUGGUGUUCUUGGACAUGGCAAUGAAGUAAGUCACUGGGUCCCAAAAAGAGUAAAUUUUCCGUUGGAGGGCAUUCAUGUGUCUUACAUUGCUUGCGGACCUUACCACACUGCUAUUGUCACCUCUGCUGGGCAGUUGUUUACCUUUGGUGAUGGGACCUUUGGUGUCUUGGGCCAUGGAGACAGGAAAAGUGCUUCCAUACCAAGGGAAGUGGAAUCUUUGAAAGGUCUUCGCACUGUCCGUGCAGCAUGUGGUGUAUGGCACACAGCGGCAGUUGUAGAAGUUAUGGUCGGGAGCUCGAGCUCUAGUAACUGCUCUUCAGGGAAGCUUUUUACAUGGGGCGAUGGUGAUAAGGGCCGUCUCGGUCAUGGUGAUAAGGAGCCAAGACUUGUACCUACCUGUGUUGCUGCCCUUGUAGAACCCAAUUUUUGUCAAGUUGAAUGUGGGCACAGCCUCACGGUAGCACUUACAACCUCGGGCCAUGUAUACGCUAUGGGCAGUCCUGUUUACGGUCAGCUUGGAAACCCACAUGCGGAUGGAAAGGUUCCGACCCGUGUUGAAGGUAAACUUCACAAGAGUUUUGUGGAAGAGAUUGCUUGUGGUGCUUAUCAUGUUGCAGUUUUAACUUCGAGAACAGAGGUUUACACUUGGGGAAAGGGAUCAAACGGUAGAUUAGGUCAUGGGGAUGUAGAUGAUAGAAAUACCCCUACAUUGGUGGAGGCGCUGAAAGAUAAACAAGUGAAAAAUAUUGCCUGUGGUGCUAACUUCACAGCAGCUGUCUGUCUUCACAAGUGGGCAUCGGGGAUGGAUCAGUCAAUGUGUUCUGGUUGCCGCCAGCCUUUCAAUUUUAAGAGAAAGCGGCACAAUUGCUAUAACUGUGGGCUAGUAUUUUGCCAUUCAUGCAGCAAUAAGAAGUCUCUGAAGGCAUCUAUGGCGCCGAAUCCAAACAAACCAUAUCGAGUGUGUGACAAGUGUUUUAACAAAUUAAAGAAGGCCAUGGCAACUGAUCCAUCAUCUCAUUCUUCUCUGAGCAGAAGAGCUAGCAUUAACCAAGGAUCAGAUUGCAUCGACAAAGAUGAGAAUUUGGAUUCUAGAUCUGAUGGGCAGUUGGCUAGAGUUUCGUUGCUGGACUCCAUGAAACAAGCGGAUAAUCGGUCUAAGAAAAACAAAAAGUAUGAAUUCAAUAGCAGCCGUGUCUCUCCUAUACCAAGCGGAGGAGGCUCUCAACGGGGUACACUAAACAUAUCCAAGUCUUUCAAUCCAGUAUUUGGAUCAUCAAAGAAGUUCUUCUCGGCCUCUGUUCCUGGUUCCCGGAUUGUGUCUCGGGCAACUUCGCCGAUAUCAAGACGUCCUAGCCCACCUCGCUCAACAACACCAACUCCAACUCUUGGUGGACUUGCCACUCCCAAAAUUGUCGUGGAUGAUGUUAAGAGAACCAACGACAGCCUCAACCAAGAAGUCGUCAGGCUACGAGCGCAGGUUGAAAGCCUAACUCGGAAGACACAGCUUCAAGAAGUCGAGCUUGAAAGAACGACAAAACAACUAAAAGAGGCAUUAACGAUCGCAAGCGACGAAACUGCAAGGUGCAAGGCGGCCAAAGAAGUCAUCAAAUCACUUACCGCUCAGUUGAAAGACCUGGCUGAAAGAUUACCCGUUGGAACCACACGGACCGUCAAGUCGCCUUCUCUCACUUCAUUUGACUCGAGCCCGAGUUACAUCGACCCUUCUAACUCCUUAUUUGGCCGACAAAGUAGCCAACCAACGUUACAAGAACCCGAGCCAAACGAGCUGAACACCCCGUUGUUCUCCAAUGGAACCAGCACACCCGGGGCAAGUUGCAGACAGCAGCAAGGGAAUUCCGAAACAACGAAUAGAUCAGGAAACCGAGCAAAAGAGAGCGAGAACGAAUGGGUCGAACAAGAUGAUCCUGGCGUUUACAUCACUCUCACCGCCUUACCCUGUGGAGCCAGAGACCUCAAGCGUGUUCGUUUCAGUCGGAAGCGGUUUAGCGAGAAACAGGCGGAACAGUGGUGGGCAGAGAACAGAGUUCGUGUCUACGAACAAUACAACGUACGUAUAGUUGAUAAGUCCAGUGUGGGUUUAGGAAGUGAAGACAUUCCUCAUUGAAUUCGUUUUUUUUUUACCCCAAAAUAACACGGAAUCGGAUUUCUCACCAGUCGUAAAUUUUUUUCGAUGAAAAUGGCCCCUCUUAAAUCUGGUUUCCAUAAGUUUGUGGGGAAAUCGGGUAUAGAGAUUAGAAGUUUUCUUUUCUUCUUUUGGGCCCUUGCGUAUGAUUAGUUAGUUUAGUUUGACUUGUGUAUCGUGGGUUACAGGGUGUGUACGUGUCUUCCUGGGUUGGGAUUUGAUAUCGUAUGGUGUAUUGGUAUUUGUAUUUGGGGUGAAAUUUAGGAAAUUGUAAAUUCCUUGUGGGGUAAUACUGUAAAUUCUGCAAGCAUAUUAUACUCGUGUGUUUUCUUCGCUUCUAAGUGAACACAAGCCAACCGGAAAUCUUCUUCUGUAAA